GUUUCAUUCUGUAUUCGAUUUACUGUUAAAAUAGUAGUACUACAGUAGUAUGGAGCACUACGCGGUGGAAUCCAAGCUCUCCGACGCAAUCUUUGGUCCCGUGAUGCUGUGCAAAGACCUUCGCCACGGCAAUAAGCUCGUCGCUAUCAAACUUAUCAACUUGGCCGCGUCGGCUCGCCAUGUCACCGCCAGCUCCCACGAAGACGAAGCACGAACUGUCCAGGAAGACAACGAGAUGGAGCUGGCCGUGUACUACGCGUUUGCUGCCCACGGGGGUCAUGCACAUGUGCUCAACCUCCAUGAGACCUUCGACGAUGAUCUUGGAUAUCGACACAUGGUCCUCGACUACUGCCGUGGCGGAGAGCUCUAUGACGCCGUCGUCGCCGCCACCGCUCUGUCUUUGCCUCUGGCCCAGAGGUAUUUCCGCCAAGUGGGCCAAGGACUUUACUUUAUGCACUUGUGCGGGUUUGCCCACCGCGAUGUUUCGCUGGAAAACGUUCUCCUUGACGCCAACAACCACUGCAAACUCAUCGACUUUGGGCUCGCCACACCCAUCCAUUCUGCCACACCGCCCACGUCCAGAGUCGGCAAGCUGUUCUACAUGGCUCCAGAAGUCUACCAAGGCAUUCCUUACGAUCCCGUCGCCGCCGACAUGUGGUCCCUCGGUGUACUGCUGUUCAUCAUGGUUGUGGGCUCACCACCCAUGGAGAAACCCCAUGCAGAAGACGAGCGAUAUGCGCUCAUUCACACCCACGGUAUCCGAGGACUACUCGCUGCUUGGAAGGUUCACGACCGGUUCACCACCGACGCCGUCGACGUGUUGAACUCGCUCUUGUGCAUCGAACCCCGGCGACGGAUGUCCAUGCCGGCGCUCCUACGGCAUCCAUUCAUGCAGAAGGAACAAGAUGCACUCAAUCCCUCAUACUCCAAAGUGCUCGACAGCCCUGUGUCGUGGACAACGUUGCUGCAAUUGUUUACCCGUACCUCUCUAAUUUUUUAAAUCUA